AUGCCCGAAAAGGUCCAUACCCAUUUUGGUGGUGAAGAGCAGCCAGAUUCUAGGCCCGCCUUGGUUGCCGAAGAGCCCUCAGCUGCUGAGAACACCGGCCACAAGAAGAAGCGGUCUAAGAAACGCAAGCGCGACGAGGCCGCCAACGAACCACAGGCACCCCGCGAUGAUGCAGGCUCUAAUGCGAACGAUGUAUCACUAAGCCCCAAUGCACCAGGGGAGGAUCUGAAAUCAGAAGAGAAGGUAGCCAGUGCACCUAAACCACAAGCGAGCGCCCCUGCGCCCAAAUCGAAGCCGAAGUCCAAACCCUUCUCCGAUAACAAGACCAAUUUCACAUCCCUCCGAGAAAAGGCCAAUACCCUCUACGAGCUCCGAAAAAAGCUUCCUAUCUUUGGAAACGCAGACGAAAUCCGAAAGAAUCUCCGGGCCCAAGAUGUCAUGCUCCUUGUUGGUGAGACAGGUAGUGGAAAGAGUACCCAGAUCCCCCAAUUUCUUGUGAACGAGUUCUGGUGCCGACCGCAACAAGCCAAGAUACCCCAGGCAGAUGGUACGACCAAAUCUUUGUCCGUGGGUGGUUGUAUUGCGAUCACUCAACCUCGACGAGUGGCUGCUAUUACGCUAGCCCGUCGUGUUGCGGAAGAGAUGGGAACACCCCUUGGAUCAUCCUCACCGGCCAGCAAAGUUGGUUACUCUGUGCGGUUUGAUACGUCGACUUCCCCUGGUACACGAGUCAAAUUCUUGACAGAGGGAAUGCUUCUACAAGAGAUGCUGCACGAUCCAUGGCUCACCAAAUACAGCGCCGUGGUAGUGGACGAGGUUCAUGAACGGGGUAUUAAUGUUGAUCUGGUCACUGGAUUUUUGCGCAACUUGGUUUCUGGGAAACGGGAGGAUAUGGAGAGUCUACUUGGAUUCUUCCAGGAAGGAUUUAAAGGCCAACCUCAACUCCAAAAUGGCACAUUACACGAAGAACCCGAAGCGCCGACAAAAGAAGAGGCGUACAAAGAUAUCUCUGUUUGCCAUAUUAAGGGCCGACAAUUCCCUGUGAAAACUAUAUAUUCGCCAGCGCCCGUGCAUGACUUUGUCGACGCAGCCCUCAAGACCAUUUUCCAAAUCCACUACAAAGAGCCAAUGCCAGGUGACAUUUUGGUAUUCUUGACAGGUCAAGAAACAGUGGAAGCAUUGGAAAGCUUGGUCAAUGAGUAUGCGGUUGGAAUGGAUCCCAAUUUACCACGGAUCCUAGUCUUGCCGCUCUUUGCUGCUCUUCCUCAAGUCGCCCAGCAGCGGGUCUUUGCCCCGGCACCUCCCCGCACUCGCAAGGUCAUUUUAUCGACUAACAUUGCUGAAACUUCCGUGACGGUAUCUGGAGUCCGGUAUGUAGUUGACUGUGGCAAGGCCAAGGUCAAACAGUUCCGCACUCGACUUGGUUUGGACUCCUUACUGGUGAAGCCCAUCUCCAAAUCAGCCGCCAUCCAGAGAAAGGGUCGAGCUGGUCGUGAGGCGGCCGGUCAAUGUUUCCGUCUAUACACCGAAAAGGAUUACUUGAGUCUCGACGAAACAAACACCCCCGAAAUCUUACGAUGUGACCUGAGUCAGGCACUGCUCAAUAUGAAGGCGCGUGGUGUUGACGAUAUCGUCCGAUUCCCCUUCUUGACACGUCCACCGCGUGAAGCGCUCGAAAAGGCUCUACUCCAGUUAUUAAAUAUAAAUGCUCUGGAGGAAACGGGAGGGAUCAGCAAGGUCGGUAUGCACAUCGCCAAACUACCGCUAACACCCACACUCGGACGAGUUCUGUUGGCGGCUUCAGAGCAUGGGGCCGAAUGCUUAAUUGAUGUCAUUGACAUUAUCUCCUGUCUCAGUGUGGAGAGUAUUUUCCUCAACACGACUUCCGAGGAGAAGAAGGAAGCAGCCGAAACGGCCCGACGCGAUCUUUACCGCCGCGAAGGUGAUCAUCUGACUAUGCUAUCGACGGUGCGGGCCUAUGCAGGUGAAAACGCUGACCGAAAAGCGUGGGCUGAGCGACACUUGGUAUCGCAUCGAGCGAUGCAAUCAGUGAUGGAUGUUCGCAAACAAUUACGAAACCAAUGUCGCCAAUCAAAACUCUUACCUCGUGAUGACCGGCAGGACCAACAUCAUGAUCCCUCCCCUGUAGAUAUCUUACAGAGCUUUCUAUGCGGGUUUGCUACCAAUACCGCCCGGCUUGUCCCUGAUGGCAGCUACCGUACUGUCGUGGGCAAUCAGACUGUUGCGAUCCACCCUUCAAGCGUUUUAUUUGGCAAGAAGCUGGAAGCCAUCAUGUAUAAUGAGUUUGUAUUUACCAACCGCACCUAUGCGCGGGGUGUGAGCGCGGUACAAAUGGAUUGGGUUGGCGAGGCUCUUGCAGGACAAUAA